GUCGCCUCCUGUUGCUGCGCCUCACUGUGGGAUCUGCUGUCGACCUUUCAGACUGUACACAUGAACGCAGAAAGCUUUUUUACGCUUUUUACUCGAUAUGGGCGACCCGGAGGUUUGGCGGAGUAAACUAGCAAAGCGUCUGCUCUGAGUCUAGAGGGGGAAACUAGGCUUGUCAUUGCUGGGAUUUUUUUGACACAAGUUGGCUGAGAAGUCGUUUGCUGGUGCUGCUUGAGCUGUUUGUUUGCAGAGAAAGUGUGAAACAAGUGUAAGAAAAAAAAGCAACAGAUGUUUUUGGUGGAUAUGCGGAUAACUGAGGAAUGAGAGCAGCAGCGAGGCACCGGCGGCCCUUCCAGCGGUUAUGCUGCUGUGGAGUCGGGCUGGUCGCCGUCAUUUGGCUCGCACAGGUCAUCCAGGCACCAGAGACAGAGUCUUCUGGGUUUCGGCCAGGUGUGGACGGUGGGGAGCUGCGAUGGACUCGCCGGCUGAUGCAGGAGAAGUCAGACAACCAGAGCAUAGAUCAGCCCCGAGCAGCCAUCCAUGAGUUUCCACAGGACAUCUUUACCAAGGAGCAGAGGAAGAAGGGGGCUGUGUGUCUGCAUGCGCUCUGUGCCAUCUACAUGUUCUAUGCUCUGGCCAUCGUCUGUGACGACUACUUUGUCCCCUCCCUUGAGAAAAUAUCUGAGAACCUGCAGCUCAGUGAAGAUGUGGCCGGGGCGACAUUUAUGGCUGCAGGAAGUUCUGCUCCAGAGCUUUUCACCUCUCUCAUUGGUGUUUUCAUCACCAAAGGAGACGUUGGAGUUGGCACGAUUGUCGGCUCUGCCGUCUUCAACAUCCUGGUCAUCAUUGGCCUGAGUGGGAUCUUUGCGGGCCAGACAGUGGUUCUGACGUGGUGGCCCCUUUUUCGAGAUUCUUCCUACUACAUCCUUGCUGUACUGACUCUCAUCAUGGUUAUCUAUGAUGCGACAGUUGUCUGGUGGGAGUCCCUGCUCCUCAUGACCAUGUAUGGAAUCUACAUUAUAAUCAUGAAGUUCAACUCCCAGCUUCUGGCGUUUGUGACGCGUCGGCUCAGGAGCUCCGGGCCGUGCUGCCUCGGAUCAGAGAAUGACAAGAUGGGAGAGGAUGCCUCUGCUUGCAACACCUCCCUGGUGCUUCUCAAUAAAGGCCAAGUCCAUCAUCAGGAGGCUUCUCCAGUCAUCAUGGUGGAUGAGCUUCUCAUCCUCAACCCUCACAAACUGUCCUUCUCUGAUGCUGGCCUGCGUAUUAUGAUCACCCCCCACUUCUCCCCCCGCACCAGGCUCUCCAUGGCAGGACGCAUGCUCAUCAGUGAGAGACAGAGGCUGAUUCAGAGUUCGAAGGACCAGCAGGACGGCCAGGCUGGCCCCGGGUCACGAAGGGGAUCAACCAGCAACAGCCUGAAGAGGAUGGGGUCCUGCAGUCUGGAGAACGGAGGCAGGACACCCGGGAUAGGAGACACAGAGUCAGGAGACAAGCCAGGGGUCGGAGUGUGCCAGACAGAGGAGGAGGAUGACGAUGGGAUUUUCAAUCCCGUGCGCAUACCAGGUAGCUGCUGUGCGCGGGUGAAGUGGCUGAUCAAGUGGCCUCUGGGCCUCCUGCUCUACUGCACUGUGCCUAACUGUAUUCAGCCACGAUGGCACCGCUGGUUCAUGGUCACCUUUGUGGCCUCCACCCUGUGGAUCGCCAUCUUCUCCUACCUCAUGGUGUGGAUGGUCACCAUCAUCAGCUUCACACUAGCCAUCCCAGACUACAUUAUGGGCAUAACCUUCCUGGCAGCAGGGACCAGUGUGCCGGACUGCAUGGCAAGUCUGAUUGUAGCUCGACAAGGCAUGGGGGACAUGGCAGUGUCUAACUCCAUAGGCAGCAAUAUCUUUGACAUCCUUCUGGGUUUGGGUUUCCCCUGGGCUUUGCGUACCCUUGUGGUGGACUACGGAUCAUCAGUCUCCAUAAAUAAUAAAGGACUGGUGUAUUCUGUCAUCCUUCUGUUGGCAUCUGUUUUUCUGACGGUAACGAGUGUUCAUCUGAACCACUGGAAGCUAGAUCGCCGGCUGGGUCUGGGCCUGUUGUUUCUCUAUGCCAUCUUCCUGCUCUUCUCCAUCCUCUUUGGGCAGAUGUAAGGUCAACCCUGUCAGACAACUUGAGUACCUACCUUUCUACUACACGUCCUCUUACCUGAAGCCAAAAAAGAGUGACAGUGUUGGUUGUGUUCCUUGUGAGAGUUUCUGUGCACCUUGUGUUGGAUUCGCUAGGGUGAAACUGUACAAAUGCAACUACACAAACACAUACUGAAGUCUUUUAUCGAAAGUACCAUUUUUUCUCCUUUCUGAACAGUGCAGUGUAUGAAAACAGUAUUUCAAUUAUCACAUUGGCUGACUUAGCAAAAUAAUUAAUAACAUGGCAAAUGGAAGCAACAGGCUAGUUGGGCCUUACAUUGUCUCGCAUUUCCAAACCUUACUCCAGGUCUGGCUCCUCCACACACAUAUUCCAGGAUAGGAUAAAUAAUCGCUCUGAGUUGUUUGCAUUUCUUUGAACCAAUCACAGUCGUCUUGGGUGGCGCUAAGCUCAGGUCGGAGAGACGGUGGCUCUGCAAAGUGGUCUCGGGAAGGAACUUGGUGAAACAUUUGCACCCUUACAAAAGAAAAUGCCACAUACAAUAUUAAAUGAAGUUAACUGUUCACACAAUACAGUAACAUGAGCUAUUUAAAUUAGCUGGAUACAUGGUUAAACAUAAUUUGCUCUCCUUCUCACUUCUACUUCAAGCAAGCUUGCCCUGUUGUACAAUCCAAAUUUGUCAAACUUGUCAUUUUCAAUCUGUAGCUUGCUAUCUCGACGUUUGUUGUUGUUUCCCGAAGAGAACGAAGUUAGACAUAUACUGGAAAUGAACUGUCGUUGAUCCACACUAGGCCUUACAUUACAAUAUAAAACACAUCAUAUAUAUAAAAGACAUCACCUAAAAAAAUGUAAUGCUCAAUAGUAUUUUCAAGAUAACUAGAUACCAUAGCUAAAAUUUCAGUUUGCACCCCAUAACAACUAUUACAUGUUAUUCCUGUUUUAUAUUUGAAUAUACAACAGUUAAUAUCAUGGCCUGUUCAACUAAGAUUCUUUGCCAAAAGCUUCAGUUGUGAGAGAGAUCAUUCCUGCUAAAACUCAGCCAAGUUAGCCUACCAGCCAACAAGCUAACACAUUAAAAACCUAAACUGCUUCUGCUUGGUAAUACAUUUUUUUAAUAAAUGAUGUAAUCACUAUUUCAUUAAAUCAAUAAGCCAUUAAAAGUUUAGUUUUACAGUAAUUUGAAUAAGACUGCUUCCUACCACUGCAGCUUUUUUCAUCAUUCUUUAUUUAUAUUUUGAUGUCCGUGUUCUGAAAGCUGCAGCCCAGCAAAUUAAUCACAGAAUCAUUAGUUAGUUAAUUUCAUCAACACCACAGCAAUCACAGGUUAUUUAUAAUAGAGAUUAUAUCCACACAUUGUCUCCCCAUCAUUUUCUGUUGGUGAGGAAUAUUCAAUAGUCUAUGUCUCUGACAACACUAAUCAUACAGUUUGAGUCAGAUGUACACAAGUAGCAGUCAGCUGCAGUUGGGAUUUACGGGAAAUGAGACUACCCAAAUAAGAUCCUUCUGGGCUAUAGUACAGAAUAAACUAUCUUUAGAAUAAGUCAGGGACCAGGAUGUGAGACAAGAUUGUGAAAUCCAUAGUUUGCUGUGUGAAAAUGGAUAUUCUGUUCAUUGAAGAAACUAAAAGUUACCUGAAAGAUUAAGGAAUUUAUAUAUAUGACAUGGUUUAAGUGGCUAGUUCAACUAUGUAAACAGCUUUAGGUUAAAAGGUUGAAUCAUAUUUUCUCUGCAGAUUUCACAGAUGUUAACAAAUGGUACUUUAAUUUGCCAUGUCAUGCUUGGACCUAUUGUUCAAGAUAAAAAAACUCUUACCAGAUUAAUAUAGUCUUUUGACCUUAAGUUGGAACAUCGUUGUAUGUUUUGAAUGUACAACCUAGCUGACUUUACUAUUAGUAUGGAUAUAUUUACAUGCUUUCAAAUGUAGCAGGUGACACUGAAUUACAGCAAAACCUCUGAACAGACAGUGACGUACUUUAGUCCUGCGAUAAAGGACACCAUGUAUGUGUCAGUAGACUUUUAGAAUAUAAACAUCGAUAUGAAAAUGCACAUAAUUGUGACAAUAUUUUAACGAUUUUGUCUAACUUCUUAUAAGCAAGUAUUGGUACAGCUUAAUGUACGUAAAGAGAUUAACCUAGUGUUACAGUAUUUUUAGAGGUAUUAUUACUAUGAAAUUUAAUAUAUAAUGUACUUUGAGUGUCACAAACUCUGAUGACUUUGAGUGCAGGUUAGUUGGAAUACUUCACGUUUAGGUACGACAAUUGAUGUUUGUAUCGUUUCUUGUACAUUUUAUGAGAUUAUUUCCUUUUGGUGGAACAUUUUCACUUAGAUCAGGAAUUAAGCAGCACAUUAUAUACUCACACAAACUGUAUUUGGUGGUAUGGCAAACGAUGCUGCAUAUUCUAUAUUCGUAUUAACCUUCUUCUCCUCUGUCCUUUUAUAUUAAAAAAUAAGGAAAACAACAAUUUGGACACAUUCAGAUAAUACGACAAAUUCAAGACUAAAUGUUCCACCAAAGGGAUUUGGGCAAUUCUUUUGUCUUUUUUUUUCUCCAAAUGGCUGUAUAAUUAUUAUUAUUGUCUACUUGACAAUACUUUUUACUGUUUGUAAAUGUUAAAUAAUUGACAUAGUUUUACAAUAAUGAAUGUCUGAAAGAGACUAGUUUUGUGGUGUUUUUGAUAUUUAAAAUAAAUGCAUAAUGUAAGCCUACUUAUGAAUUAUUGUAACAGGAUGAAUGCAUAUUUUGUCAGUUUGUUCAAUGGAAUAUUAAGGCUGUAAUGUCAGACUAGCACUCUGCUUGUUAUGAAUUCAAUUGCAGUCGUGUCUUAAAAUCUUUUCACCACUAAUAUUUUCUUUCAGUAUUCAUUCAUCGACACACACAACCUUAUUUCAUGCAAGGAAACAUACAGAAAAUGAAAUCCCCGUUUACAGGUUUAAAUUCAAUUGAAUGGUUAGAAUAGAAAAUACCACUUUAUUUAAUAAGGAUUCAUCCCUUUUUCCUGCAAAAUUGUCUUAAAACUAUUUUUUUCAUCUUUUAUUUAUACUUUCUCUUUUAGCCAUGGUUUAAAAGUGUAGUUACAUAUUUUAUAAUAUUCAAAAGUCAUGCCAGGAGUUUUUGUACCAGAUCCCAUAGAUGCAGGGUGAGGGAUGUGCUGUUAAAAAGUAAGUUUAAACAGAAAAUGUGAUGAAUAUGCUAUAAAUGCCCAUGUCCUAAACAUAAAAGCUACACUUUAACACGUAUAGGUAACUUGUUACAAUGUCUACUGUCCAGAAAAAAUGGUGCUGAAACAAUUAGUUCAUUAAUCAUUUAGUUGAUCAAAAGA